AUGCGAACAUGGCGGCGGACCUUCGCUACGUCUGUUGCCAGACUAAGCCACAAGCCUACAGGGCAGAGCGCCAGCCCCACACUUUUACGAUGUGCGCAAGUCCUUGAGCAAAGCAAGAAUGGGCCCUGCAGUUUAGAAGAUCAGGAAAUAAAACUGAACGGGUUUAUUCGCUCCGUCCGAAAGCAGAAGCGCUUUGCUUUUGCUGAGAUCUCAGAUGGGUCGACCGUUGAGCCUUUGCAAGCUUUUUUGAAACCAGCCCAGGCUGCCGAGCUGUCUACUGGAACGGCUGUGGAGAUCUCUGGCGUCUGGAAGGCCUGUCCACCUGGAAAGGAGCAAACUCAUGAGCUUCAGACGACAGACGUGAAUAUUGUCGGCAAAACAGACCCUGAGACAUAUCCUAUCCAGAAAAAGUACCAUAGUCCCGACUUCCUUCGUCAGAUUCCCCACCUCCGCAUUCGAACGCCGUUCAACUCCCUCCUCUCGCGAUUCCGAUCUGAAUGCCUGUACCAGCUUGGCAAUGUAUUUCGUUUCGCCCCGAACGGGGGCUUCGUCCAAGUCCACCCACCGCUGAUCACAUCUUCAGAUUGCGAAGGCGCCGGAGAGACAUUCACAGUCCUCCCGCGGGAAGCCGUAGGGUCACAGGCCGGGGGCGAACAUUUCUUCCGGGCCCCGAAAUACCUGACGGUGUCGUCGCAGCUUCACCUUGAGACCUAUGCCGCAGAGUUGGGAAAUGUAUGGACGAUGUCGCCCAUGUUCCGGGCGGAGAAGAGCGACACUCCGCGCCAUCUCAGCGAGUUUUACAUGCUGGAGGUCGAGAUGAACUUCAUGCAUGAUCUCGACUCGCUCACCGAUUCCGUCGAGCACAUUCUCCGAGACCUGGUUCGUCGGCUCUACGACACGCCGGUCGGGCAGGAGAUCCUGUCCGCGAAACGAUCGGGCGAGUCCGGCCAGGAGCAAACCGAAGGUUCCGGUUCCGAUCUCCAACAGCGAUGGAACGACAUGAUGGAGGGCCCCAAAUGGGCCCGCAUGACCUACACGCAGGCAAUUGAGAUGCUCCAGGAUGCAGUCUCCAAGGGACACGCCUCGUUCGAACACGACCCCGAAUGGACCGGCGGCCUCCAACUCGAGCACGAGAAGUAUAUCGUAGACGUGCUUCACAACGGCCGUCCGGUAUUCGUGACCGACUACCCCAAAGCCGUCAAACCAUUCUAUAUGGCGCCCUCCAACGGGGAUAGCAACGCGCCCGGCGAAACAGUCGCCUGCUUCGACCUCCUCCUCCCGGAGGUUAGCGAAGUCGCGGGAGGCUCCCUCCGCGAACAUCGCCUCCCAAAUAUCAUCCAGAAUAUGCGCGAACACGGGCUGAUUAAGGCCCGCGCGCCGGAGGCGGAAGCCAACGCAGCGACACAAGCCGACUCCGAGACGCCACUAUAUCCUCACCUCCUACCCGGGGAAGACCUAGGCCAUCUCCAAUGGUAUGCGGAUCUCCGGCGGUGGGGAACGGCGCCGCAUGGAGGGUUCGGUCUUGGGUUUGACCGGUUCCUGGGCUAUCUGGCGGGCGUCUCGAGUAUUCGAGACGUGGUGUCUUUCCCUCGGUAUUUCGGCAGGGCGGACUGCUGA